CCAGUGCCAGGUGGCCCAGAGGGAAUGAACAGAACAGAUCUGGCUGAGAAGUAUUUUCAAGAGAGCAUAAAUGCUUUUAAAGAAGCUGAAGGGAUGGAGAGUGCUAAAUGCCUCGGAGCUGUGGAUGAUUUCUGUCAGUUUCUUAUAGCCACUGGACAACAGGAGAGAGCACCAAUAAUGCUGAAAGGAUCAUUAGAAGCUAAAAUAUCCCUAUUUGGGUAUCUCAGCCUGGAAGUAGCAGAGACAUACUGGCUCCUAGGAGGAACAGAACUGGCACAAGGACACACACAUUUGGCAUACAAGAAACUUAAGAAGUGCCUGUACCUUCAGACCCUCUUAUUUGGCAGCCACAACAAAAGGACUGUAGCAACCCAGGAGGUCAUUGACUUGUCAAAAUGAAUGUAGCAGCAAAACAGAGACCAUCAGAUAAAAAAGACCACCAGACUGUGCUAUUCAACAGUACUCCAUAGUGGGAAGACCCAGAGCCUCUAUAUAGGAGACAGGUUUCUCAUGCUUACUUCUGAAGACUGAACCUGUAUCUGCACGUAUCGGUCACGCAGAACUGAAAUCCGUCAUUGGAUUAAAUACUGAAUGUAAAGCAAAUUUCCAUGGGGAUAAAUUACUUACCUUAAUGGAUACAGAAAAAAAAUUAA